CCUUCAUUAUUCACGUUUCCAUUUGGUCCAGUUAGGGUUUAUGAUUCUGAAGCUCUGAACGUUGAACCGCAAAAGCCCAUUAAACUUCGUCUUCUACCUCUGGAACUGGAGCCAACGUUGCGCCAAAUUUUCAAAUUUCUGCAACUUUUUUUCAAACUUUCUGAAACAGUGGAAGACAAUACGAAACUGGAAGUUGUUUUUCUUAUGCGAUGGAGUUGCAGAACGGGGAUACUGAUAAUCGAAUUCAUCAGUCUCGUAUUACUCCUAAGAUAGAGUUGGAUAUUCCUUUAGAAUUUGCUGAAAAUGUUGAGCCAUUAAGAUUGGAAGGACAGCCAAAUAAGCGUAGAAGAAAGAAGUCUAUUGUUUGGGAUUAUUUCACAGUUCAAACGGUUGAAGAUGGAUGUAUUAGAGCCUGCUGCAACCAGUGCAAUAAAUCUUUUGCUUAUGUUACUGGUUCAAAAUUAGCAGGCACCAGCCACCUAAAACGUCACAUAGCUCUAGGCAUCUGCCCUGUAAGCCGUGAGCAAAAUCAGUCAAAUGGUCACACGCGUGGCCCCACAACCUUCACUAAUGGGAAGGUUACUAAUCCACCUAGGAAACGUUGCAGAGCGACUCCUGCAUUUGCGAGCAUGCCCUUUGAUACAAACCGCUCCAAUCAUGAUAUUGUCGUUAUGAUGAUUAAGAAUGAGAUUCCACUUGACAUAGUGCACGAGUCUUGUUUUGUUAAUGCUUUCAAAGGUCUUCAACCGCAGUUCAAUAUGAUGAGUUUCAGCAUGGUAGAGAAAGAAUGUGCAUCCAUAUACCUUAGGGAAAAAGAAAGCCUCUUGACUUUUCUGUGUGGAAUUUCCGGUCGAGUAAGCUUGUCGUUAGAUAUUUGGACUUCUGGUGACACCUUUGGCUAUGCUUUCCUAAGAGGACACUUCAUUGACAACAACUGGAACUCUCAAUGUCGAAUCCUGAAUGUUGUUAGGAUACCUUCUCCUUAUGCCUAUGAUGCCCUUAAUCUAGCCGUCCUCACUUGCUUAUCUAAUUGGCGGUUGGAUGGUCGCGUCUUUUCCCUCACAGUUGAUGUUGAUCAGUCCUUUUUGAGCGAUGCCAUUGCUAAGAACCUUAGAGCUUUUCUAGUUGCUAAUGAUGCAAAAUUUCUUAACGGUCAGUUAUUAUUAGGAAAUUGCUUAGCUCAAGUUCUCUGUCAGCUCGCACAAGAAGCAAUAUCGUCAACAGGUGAAGUCGUAUGGAAGAUUCGUGAAAGCGUGAAGUAUGUGAAAAGUUCAAUCAUGCGAGAGGAGAAGUUUCUUGAGCUGAAGCAUCACCUUCAAGUACCCUGUGCCAGGGAGCUUUCAAUGGAUAAUCAAACAAGAUGGGACACAACAUAUCGUAUGUUGGCAGCAGCCUGUGAGUUGAAAGAGGUUUUUUCUUGCUUGGAGGCAUCUGAUCCCGAUUUCAAAUUAAGUCUAUCAAUGGAUGAUUGGAAGAUGGCAGAAACUCUUUGCACAUACUUGAAGUACUUUUAUGAUGUGGCCGACAUUUUAACUUCCCCCUCUUAUCCAACUGCGAAUGUGUUCUUCCCAGAAGUGUCAAGAAUUCAAAUGGAGCUCACUCGUGCAAGCAUGAGUGAGGAUCCACUUGUCCAUGGCCUGACAAAUCCUUUGAAAGAGAAGUUCGAUAGAUAUUGGAAAGAUUGCUGCUUAGUUUUAGGAAUGGCAGUAGUAAUGGAUCCGAGGUUCAAACUGAAGUUUGUUGAAUUUACCUUCUCCAAAGUGUUUGUUGAGAAUGCAGAAGACUGGACCAGAACUGUUGACUAUGGCCUUCGUGAUCUUUUUCUCCAGUAUACCAUGGAAACACUAACCCUAUCCGAUACCUUUGGAGAAGAUGGGAGUGUUGGUAUCUCCCUUACGGAGGUGCAUCAAGAAGAACACCAUGGAGAAAUAUUUCUUACAACCGGUGAUGGGCUCUCAGAUUUUGAUGUAUAUAUCUCUGAGACCUCUGAAAACCAACAAACAAAAUCAGAGUUAGAUUGUUACUUGGAGGAGGUGCUAACGCCCCGAUCGCCAGAGUUCGACGUCUUGAGUUGGUGGAGACUACACAAAGAUCAGUAUCCUACCUUGUCAAAGAUGGCCUGUGAUAUCCUGUCCAUACCGGUGUCGAGCGUUGCUCGUGACUUGGUUUUCGACACUGAAAUCAGAAGAAUAGAUUACCACCGGAGUCAAUUGGGGCCGGAAACACUUGAGGCCCUCAUUUGCACCAAAGAUUGGUUACAGUAUGGAUCAUUAUUAACCCCAUCUACUCAGAUGUCUGAUGCCAUUGUGAAAAAGGAGUUCUAAAUUUUGUUAGUUUAGAUUUUGAUUUUUUUAUGUAGGUAAAAAUGAUCUUUUGGGAUUAACAGGAAUUGAAUAGCGUCCUUAGUUUCUGGAUUUACUUUCGUAUAGAUAUAUUCUUUCUGAUUAUUGAUUAAUAUAGCCUCACAUUGAUUCAUUUGCAA